UGGUUUAUUGCUUUACAAGGUGUGAAUGCGCCUUCAGGAUCUUCAUAUUUUUCUCUUCAACGCUCAAGUACUCGUUUCAUUUCCAGUGAAGAAAUUUCUGGGAAUUGUUCAACAUGAGCAAUGAUGAGGAAUCUCUACUUCCCGAGGACAACGAGCGUGAACAAAUACGAGAGGAGUUGAAACAUAUGAGUUUUGAGGAUUUGCAGAAAUUAAAGGAGAAAUUGGGAACAAAAAUGUAUAAUCAGGCAAUAUUUGGAAAUAAGAGCAAGAGGAAGACAGAAUUUAAAAGGGAAAAUAAAAACAGGCCACGGGAAAUGUCUGCUAAGAAACCAGUUUCUAGAUUUAAAGAGUCAGUUUCAGUCAAAAAAGUUGUAGCCCGAGACCCCAGAUUUGAUAGUUUAUGUGGUACAUUUAACGAAAAAGCCUUUAAAACUGCUUAUGCAUUUAUUAAUAACUUGCGAGAGAAUGAUCUUAAAACCUUGAAACAUGAAUUAAACGAAACUACCGAUCCAAAAACUAAAGCAAAGAUAAAAUAUCUCAUACAAAGGCUUGAAAAUCAGCUAAGAGAGGAAAAGAAGCGAAAGGAAAAGGAAAAGAAGGAGCGGGAAGAAAAGAAGGAAGUGCUAGAUACCAUUAAACAAGGAGAGAAACCUGCUUUUAAGAAAAAAUCUGAGAAGAAAGUCUUGAAUUUAGUCUCUCAAUAUGAAGAAUUGAAAAAUAAGGGUAAUCUGAAGAAGCAUAUUCAGAGAUUGCGGAAGAAGAAUAAACAUAAAGACAGAGCAAAAUUGAAAACUUAUCAAAUGGAAUAAAACAUGUAUACAUAUAUACAUGUGUGAUAUGUAUCUAUACAUAUACACAUGUACCAAAGUUAUGUAAAAUGAUAGGAAAAAUGUCUUGCUUAAUAUGAU